UACGCGCCAUUGAGUAGACUGACACGCGCGAUUCGAUUCGUGUGCAGGGUGACGGAGCGGCGCAUAAACAGCUAGCUUCCGUCUUUAUGCAUUCGCUUUGAACUGACAGCAUAAAUUCAAAACACUAACACAGGCGAGAGGAGGAAAGGGUCAACGCAGAUUUUUGUGUAAACUGAAAGAAGAUAUCGACAUGCAGCCAGCAACUGCCAAGUGGUAUGACAGACGAGAGGCAGUCUUCAUUGAAUUCUGUAUAGAAGACAGCAAAGAUGUCCGAGUUCAAUUCAACAAAACAAAGCUUGAUUUCAGUUGUGUUGGAGGAACAGAUAACAUGAAACACCAUAAUGAAGUAGAACUAUUUGAGUCCAUUGACCCAAAUGACUCUAAACAUAAACGCACAGACAGGUCUGUUUUUUGCUGUCUAAGAAAAGCAGAAUCUGGCAAGUCUUGGCCAAGGUUAACAAAAGAGAAGGCGAAGCUCAAUUGGCUCAGCGUUGACUUCAAUAACUGGAAAGACUGGGAGGAUGACUCGGAUGAAGAAUUGUCCAGUUUCGAUCGCUUUUCAGAGAUGAUGAACAACAUGGGAGGGGAAGAUGACCUACCAGAUGUGGAUGGUGCAGAUGAUGAGGAGUCUGUGGAUAGUGAUGACGAAAAAAUGCCAGACCUUGAGUGAAGGAACAGGACACCGUCAUGCAGAAGAAAGCAAGAACUUUCAUCGAACACUUAAAAGAAGAGAGAGACUAAGUUUGAGUUGGUAGCCAUUUAAAAACUGCAUAGUUUUCAGAACUGUUUUUCAAGGUCUUUCUGCAGAAAGUCACAAGGAAUGAUUUUUACUGUUGUGUUGAUGGCAACGUUAGCCCCUCGACAAUGCAUACACACUUUACUUUACUGUUCUGCAUGGACAAUUACGAGCUCUCAAUGAUGUAUUGUGGACACCAGUUAUGGUCAGUUUACUCAAUGGCUUCUAAGUCUUGGGCUUUUCCUCAGUGUCAGUGGGGUUAUUGCAUCAUGUAAUGUUGACAUUGUAAUUUGUUGUAAUGGAAAAAGGACAUGAAUGACUAUUUCAACAUAUUCUGUCUUCUCCAUCUCAUUCAAACUGUACAUUUUAUUUAAUUCAUUGGUUUGUUCCUUUGUGUUUAAGCUGUGAUUUCCUUGAAAGAAGCAUUUUCUUAAGGUACAUGCUUCCUCAAUGUCAGCCAAGACAUUUGGUUUUCACUAGUGCUAUAUUUCACAUCAGAAUGGCAUAUUCAAAACCCUUGCACUGAUUUAUUGCAAACCCCCAUUUUAAGUGUUUUAGCAGCAGUUUUUAUGUGUGUCAAUCCAACAUGUUCAAAGUGCAUAAUCAUGUCUGUACACACUGCUUGACAAAAUAAUUUCAGGUUGGCAGUUAGUAUUUGUUGUUUUGUAUGACACAUAGACGUGUAGCGGGGAAUCGUGCACUGGUUUCUUCCAUAUAUGUAAAGACAAGUAAUAAAAAAUAUGCUCACCGCUGUACAGAACAAAAGGGUAACUUCUCAACAGAUUUAAAAAACAUUAUCUAUAGAUGACCUAUUUGUGUUUGCACUCUUAAUAUCAAUGCAGGUGUAAGUAAAAGAUAAGUAAGAAAACUAUGUUGUGACCUGUCAUUUCAGGUCUAUAAAUUUCAGUUUGUUAAAAGCAGUGAGGUUUUUGUCUACAUAUUUCUAAUAAACUGUCUCUAAACAACA